UAUAUACGGUGGGGAGGCGGCCGAAGAGGGUUAAGGCCGCUCACGACGCCCUCUUUUCCUUGUCCUCUUGCGCGAGAGGAGAGAAGCUCGUCGAGAGCGAGAGCGUGGGGAAGGGGAACGAGAAGAUGAGCGGAGCGUGCAGGGCGAAUGGAGCCGCUGCCCCGAUCCCGACGGGGUCGAGGAAGCUGGUGCAGAGCCUGAGGGAGAUCCUUCACUGUCCCGAGCCGGAGAUCUACGCGAUGCUCCGGGAGUGCAAUAUGGACCCUAAUGAGGCUGUCCACCGCCUUCUCGCCCAAGAUACUUUCCAUGAGGUGAAGAGCAAGCGUGAAAAGAAAAAGGAGAUCAGAGAACCUCCAGAAUCCAGGUCUCGAACAGUUAAUAGCAGUUCAGGUCAUGGGACUAGGGUUGGCACUGACCUUGGUGCCCGUAGUACUUCUUCCCAGUCUAGUUCUACUGACUAUGGGACUUUUAAGGGUAAACCAAAUCACAAGAAGGAAAAUGGUACAAAUGCUCUUCCUAACUCAUUGCUUUUGGAAUCUGCCACAGUAUCAAGUAGUCCUACUCAAAGGCCAACAAUUCCUAGCAAGUCUGUUCCUCAGGGGAAUGUGAUACAAUUAACAAGCAUUACUGGUGGGCUUUCUAUGCCCAUGCAAUCUUCAUCUGUCUUCCAAAACAGUUGGUUGGGGAGGCCAGGACAUGUUUCUAUGGCUGACAUUGUCAAGAUGGGUAGACCUCAAAGUCAACCUUCCAGCAUGCCUGUUAUGGCAAGUGAAAAGUCCUACAUGGCACAAAAUGCAGACAUGUUGAAAAUGUCACACCACAAAGCCAAGCAAUCGCCAGCCACAGUUCUUCCAUCAGAUUUAGAUGAAAAGUUAGAAUCCCGUCAAGAAUCUACACAUGUUUUGGAGAUUAGUCAUAAUGUUCGAAUUGCUGAAGGUCAGCAUAAUGUUGAUGAUGGAUGGUCCCUAAUUGAUGGGCAACCUAUGGAGAGUGUGUCAACUACACCAGAAAUGUCUGGUGUAUCUACUGGUUAUGCAAAUUCAUUAGAACUGGCAUCAUCUAAUCUGGUUGAUGAUGGAACUCAUUUGCAUGUAGAUCCUCAUUUGGAAGAGAUCCACAAUCUAGAGGAAAGUCUCAAUGUUACAAUUAUGCCAGCAGAAUCCAGAUCCACAUCUGUAUCUGAUAGGCAGAUACAAGUAGACACUUCCAAAGGUGCUUCCCAUAUAAAUGAGGGCUUAUUAAAAAGUACAAAUUCCUAUUCAUCUCAAAGGCUCGACCUUGAUCAUCAUGAAGGUUCUUUAGCAGUUGAGGAUGUCAUCCUGGAGAUUUCUUCAGAUGCUGCAAACUUUAGUCAACUAAGUUUACAUGAGACAAGCACAAAACCUAUUGAAGAUAGUCCUGCAGUGAUAAUCCCGAACCAUUUACGGGUUACAAAUGCAGAUUGUGCAUAUCUAAGCUUUGGUAGUUUUGGAUCUGGUGCAUUUGCUGGGUCUUUUCCAUCAAAGCCACUAGAAAGCAACUUGGAAGUGACUCCGGUCAUUGAUGAUGCUUCUAGAAUCGCCAAUUCAGAUGCAAGAAAUGAGAGUGACAGUAACCGACGGCUUAAGCCUAUGCUGACUGAGAAUGUAGCUUCUAGAUCUCAUGCUGGUCCAGAAAAUCUUGAUGAACCUUCAACUUCACAACCUGAAAUGGUGAGGAAUGAUCCAUUGGAUACUACAUAUGGGCUUCAGUACAACUCUCCAUCUGGAUCUAGUUAUGCAAUUUCAAGCUGUACACAACCAAAUGCUACAACUUACACCUAUCCACAAGGAAAUACACAAAUGCAAAGUCUUUCCCAUUUGUCAAGUUUAAUGCAACAACCCAAUACUCUGCAAAACAGUAUUUUAGCAGCAAGCAUUCCACAUCUUCGGGAUUUUGACCUUCCCUUGUCUCCUCUGCUUACUACCCAGUCAAUGCCUACGAGGUAUAGCACAACAGAAUCAUCUAUUAGUGGGUCAAAGAUUUCCAUGCCUGAGGCUUUGAAGCCAGGGGUGUUCUCUGAUGCUCAAUCAACUCCACAAUCCUUGCCUAGCACCACCAUGCUCACGAGUCUCGUAUUCCCUCAAAAUCUUCCUGUACACCAUUACUCUCAGCCGGCUCUUCCAUUAGGCCAUUUUGCCAAUAUUAUAAGCUACCCUUAUUUACCCCAUAGCUACGCCUACUUGCCUUCUGUCCACCAAGCAUUCACCACAAACAGCCCAUUCCAUCAACCUACUGCUGCAGUGCCCAGUGCAGGCAUGAAGUAUUCGCAACCACAAUACAGAAGUAGCUUGUCUGUGGCCAGCUUACCUCAGGCUUCUGCUAUAGGCUCUGCUUAUGGAGGAUUUGGAAGCUCAGCUAACGUACCUGGAGGUUACACACUCAACCAUACAUCUGCUUCAACUAACACGAUGAUCGGACUUGAUGAAGCAUUGAACUUGCAGCACAGGGAAGCGAGCCACCACGUUCCUCUUCAGCAGAGUGAAAACCCUGCCAUGUGGAUCCAUGGUGGCGGUUCGAGAACAAUGUCUGCUCUUCCGACGAGCACUUUCUAUAACUAUCCAGGUCAGAAUCAGCACAGCGGGUUUCGUCAGACUCAGCAAUCCUCACAUCUUGGAGCUUUGGGGUACCCAAACUUGCACCACGAUGCACAGGCAGGCCCCUCCCAGGAACAUCAACAGAACCUCAGCGACGGCAAUAUGAGUGGUUCCCAGACCGUGCAGUCUCAGCCAGCAAACCAAAUCUGGCAACAUGGCUACUAAGCCAUCGUUGAUGACACCCAGUUUUUUGAUAUCUGGGUCUUGGAGGAGUAUGCGUUGCAGGUUUGUCUAGAUUGACCACAUGCAUACACCACUUUUUUCGAGCAUUCAUGGCUGAUCAACUGCUUGUGUAGCAGCUGAGCACAAAACUGGCUGCUAAUUUUAUUUGAUGAUGAUGAUGAGGGCCAUGUACACACUGUGUGCUGUAACGCAUAGCGACAGUGACGAGGAUUAAUCGACUCUCGGAGGCCUUUGUGUGGA